CACUGGCGUUAAAAGUCAUUACAGAAAGAGCUUACGGACACGACUUCACUUACGUUUCGUUCAUAACUAAAUUACUUUCUGUGAACGUACAAUCAAAAUUAUCAAAAGAGAUUUACAUAAAUUCAUUUUGCAUCAUUAAUCGUUGAUCCGCGGACGUAAUUUACACGGGUGCUAUGUACUGAUGUGGGUGCCGCCCGACAUGAACCGCGGGGCGCGCGCGGAGCCGACGCCGCCGGAGUGCGCGCUGGCGGCCGAAAUGUUCGACCACCUGUGCUCCGCCGGCACCAUGAAGCAGAUCCUCGCGUUGUACCGUGAGAUCUGCCACACGCUCACGCUGAAACCCAACCGGCUGCCCGACUUCUACCCUAAAUUAAAGGCGAAACUUGCGAGCUCAUGGAAGGCGCAGGCGCUCUUCAAGAAGUUCGAUGCCCGGGCGAACCACAAGGUCUACGGGAAGGGCCGAGCCGCUACCACCAGCAAGGUGCUGGUGAUCGGCGCCGGGCCCUGUGGACUGAGAGCUGCCAUUGAAUGCCAGCUGCUAGGCGCUAAAGUGGUUGUGAUAGAGAAAAGAGACCGCAUGUCUCGCAACAACGUUCUGCACCUGUGGCCGUUCGUUAUUCAGGACCUGCGGGCGCUGGGAGCCAAGAAGUUCUUCGGCAAGUUCUGCGCCGGCUCCAUCGACCACAUCAGCAUCCGGCAGCUGCAGUGCAUACUGCUCAAGGUGGCGUUACUACUGGGGGUCGAAUUUCACGAAGGCGUCAGUUUCGAAGAAUUGUUGGAGCCGACGGUCACAGAAAAUUCAGAAACAUUGGGAUGGCGAGCGCGCGUGACGCCGGCCGACCACCCCGUGUGCCAGUACGAGUUCGAUGUACUCCUGGGCGCUGACGGCAAAAGGAACACCUUAAGCGGCUUCAAGAGGAAAGAGUUUCGUGGAAAGCUCGCCAUGGCCAUCACAGCCAACUUCAUCAACCGGCAUUCGGAGCAGGAGGCCUCGGUGCCAGAGAUAAGCGGCGUGGCGUUCAUUUUUAACCAGAAGUUCUUCAAGGAGCUGUACGAGGUGACAGGCAUCGACCUGGAGAACAUCGUGUACUACAAAGACGACACCCACUACUUCGUCAUGACCGCUAAGAAGCACAGCCUGCUCGACAAAGGGGUGCUACUAAACGAUUUCGCCGAAGUCUCCCGCUUACUGAGCGUGGAGAACGUAGACCGCGGCGCUCUCAUGCGGUACGCACAGGAAGCCGCUCGGUUCUCCACCGACGGCCGCCUGCCGCUCAGAGACUUCGCCCUCAACCACUACGGGGAACCAGACGUGGCACUGUUCGACUUCACGUCGAUGUAUGCCGCGGAGAACGCUAGCAUGGUAUGCGAGCGCCACGGCCGAAGACUCCUCUGCCAGUUGGUGGGCGACAGUCUGCUGGAACCGUUCUGGCCGACCGGGUCUGGUUGCGCGCGCGGGUUCCUAUCGGCGUUGGACGCCGCGUGGGCGGUGCGUGCUUGGGGACAGAACCCGCCGCCGCAUCCCUUGGAGGUCAUCGCCGAGCGGGAGUCCAUAUACCGGCUGCUGGCCCAAACAACCCCAGAGAACUUGCACCGCGACUUUGGCGCAUACACGCUUGACCCGGGCACGCGCUAUCCGAACCUGAACCGCGCGGCCGUGACGCCGCACCGCGUCACCGGCUUCUACGACUCCGACGACCCGCUGCCGCUGGACGCCGCGCCCACCGCGCCUGACGAUGACAUACACUGCCACUACGGCACACACAUACACUCGCUACCCGAACCUGAACCGCGCGCCGUGACGCCGCACCGCGUCACCGGCUUCUACGACUCCGACGACCCGCUGCCGCUGGACGCCGCGCCCACCGCGCGCAAGCGGCGACGAGGUCACACACACAUACACUUGUUAUCCGAACCUGAACCGCGCGCCGUGACGCCGCACCGCGUCACCGGCUUCUACGACUCCGACGACCCGCUGCCGCUGGACGCCGCGCCCACCGCGCGCAAGCGGCGACGAGGUCACACACACAUACACUUGUUAUCCGAACCUGAACCGCGCGCCGUGACGCUGCACCGCGUCACCGGCUUCUACGACUCCGACGACCCGCUGCCGCUGGACGCCGCGCCCACCGCGCGCAAGCGGCGACGAGAGGCAGACAUCAGCGACGAGGUGCUGGUGUCAUGGGUGGGCUGGUCAGAGCCUGGCGUGCGCGCCGCCGCCGGGCCCGCCGCGCUGUCGUCGCUGCUGCGCCGCUACCGGCCCGACGUGCUGCCCGCCGCCGCCAGCCCGCGCGCCGUGUACCACGUGCUGCAGCACGAGUUCGGCAUCGCGCCGUUCGCAGCGGGCGGCAGCACGCGUGACGUGCCCGAUGCGAAAUUACGCGCGUAUCUCGCGCGUGUGUACGCUGCCUUCAAGGGCGAGGUCCCACACGUGCACCACGCCACCGACGCGUACGACCAGAUCAAACAAAGUAUACAGAAAGAGAAACACGUACGAAAUUCGACGGAACACUCAGUUUCAGUGUACUCAAACGCUGCGGACGCUGACAAGUCUCACUCCAGCUACCGCAAGAAGCGGCGCUCCGUUCGCACGCCCCAAGAGGAGGGCCGAAUAGUAGGCGGGGGCGGACGCACCAGCGGAGGCGGGGCCCGCGUGGCCCGCUUGGCCGCCGAGCUGUCAGGCACCACCGGCCCCUCGGCCCCCAAGGCCACCAAGCCGAAGGACCUGAUGCGCUCCGUGGGCAAGAUAGAAAGGGACGACUGGAACGUUAAGGAGAUCGAACGCAAGAUCAUGGAGAACCGGCUGGGCCGGCCUGGGCCCAAGGCGGCGGAGAAGGUGCCCAAGUGGGACCGAGAACAGUUCCUGGUUCGCCAAAGGCGACUCAAGGAAGGUGAUGCCAACGAGGAGAAGUGGAUGGAGAUCGACGAGACCCUCAACAAACUCGACCAGAAGUUGAGGGACGCCGGCCGACCCGACCACGGCACCAAAAAGGUUGCCAAUCUCGCAACGAAAUUCGUGAAGAAAGAAGACGCCGAACCAGCGGCGCCGCCGAAACCGCUGCCCAAAGAGGAGGUAAGUGAGAUAAAGAAGAGCUGGCGCGGGCCGAUGUCGACGGGCGUGCAGUGCGCGGCGUGCGGCACGCGCGUGUUCGCCGCCGAAGGCGUGGGCGCCGACGGGCUCGUGCUCCACCGCGCCUGCUUCCGCUGCGCCGUCUGCAAGCAGGUGCUGCGCCCGGGAAACUACACAAUGGAGCGCUACGGCACUCGGCUGGUUUGCCUCCGUCACUCCGGAGUUAGUGUGCCGGACGCGGUGGCAGCCCUGGCCGGCCCUCCCCGCAGCGAGGCGCCUACCCCCACCCCUGAACGGAUCAGCCUGGAGCUGAGCGAUGGGGGUGCCCGGGAGAUCGACGAGGACGAGUGGACUGACAGGAACUGCCUCGCCUCGGAGACAUCUGGCGCCGGGGGACUGAGGCGGGCCAGCCUGGGGCUGAGCGACGGGCGCGCCCGGGAGAUCGACGAGGACGAGUGGACCGACAGGAACUGCCUCGCCUCGGAGACUUCUGGCGCCGGGGGACUGAGGCGGGCCAGCCUGGGGCUGAGCGACGGGCGCGCCCGGGAGAUCGACGAGGACGAGUGGACCGACAGGAACUGCCUCGCCUCGGAGACAUCUGGCGCCGGGGGACUGAGUCCGGACGCGGGAGACAACAACGCGCCGGACGGGUCGCCGGAGCCGGCCGGCGCCGCGCCGCCGCGCCCGCCGCGCCACGACCUCUACUUCUCCGACGACUCCUUCGGCUACGACGACUACUCGGACGACGCGACGACGCGCCGGACGGGUCGCCGGAGCCGGCCGGCGCCGCGCCUCCACGACCUCUACUUAUCCGACGACUCCUUCGGCUACGACGACUACUCGGACGACGGCGCCGAAUCGUCCGGCAACGAGUCGUGUUCGCGGAUGCGUGCCGCGCGCGAGGCGAGGCGUCGCGAGGUGCCCGCCGACAACCGUCCGCCGACGGACAGCAGCGAGGUGGAGUCGGAGGAGGAGAGCGAGUCCAGCGACGACGAGGUGUCGUCGGCCACCGAGGUGUCCACCGACAGCGAGUUCGCGCGCGAGGACGCCGCCGCGCCGCCGCCCGCCAUCCUCGUGACCGCGCCGCCCCCCGCCCCGCCCCUCGCCCCGCCCCCUGCCACGCCCACAGCCACGCCCACAGCCCCCCCGGCACGUGACUACCCGCUCAGCCGAACCCGCUCCGCCGGCGGCCUCGCCACCAAGCGCGCGCUCGAACUCAAGCGCAAGUACCUCCUCGGCGAACCCUCCCCGCCCGCCGUCAGGAAAUCAGACUCCACCUCCCAAAUCGACACCAAACUGGAAAGCUUCCGAUCCACCAUCACGGAAUUCCAAAAAAUGCUCCACCCCGCCCCCACCCCCUCGCCGCAACCCCAGAAACCCAUCACCUUCAACUUCACCACUGACGAAAAGAAAUCCCAACCGAUGCCGGACAUCAUAAAAAAUCUGUGCGAAAUCGCACCCGUCGACUUGCUCACGAAAGGCGACUCUCCGCUCUGCAAGAAAGACUGGCGCGACGAGCCGAUCACGGAGGAGAAAAACGAGCCGGAGCCGGAACCGGAACCGGAGCCGGAGCUCGAGUCGGACUCGCUGUCGGAGGACGACUCGUCGCACACGGAGACGGCGCCCAACCAGCCCGUGCCGCGCGUUGAAGUGCACGACGAGGGCGGCGAGCUCAUCCAGCUCGACAGCCUCAUGCUGGUGGACAGUGCCACCGCCACCGCCACCGCGCCGACCGUGCUCGCCGCCGAGUCCGAGUCGUCCGAGUCGGGCCGCGACGCCACCACGCUCGCGCUAACUGAGACCGAGCUGUCCGACUGGGCGGCCGACUGCGUGCUCGACGACCGCGACGAGCGCCGGCGCCGGUCCCCGCGCGCUCUCAGCGGGCCCAAGCUCGUUCACGACGCCAAAAACGUGUCCCUCGCGGCACACGUGUGCGGCCGCGCCAGCCCCGACCGCGUCGUGUACUCCAACGCCUUCGAGAACUUCGAGUUCGCCGACGAGGGCGAGCAACCCGCGCUGGCACCCGCCACGCCGCGAAACCUCGGCUACAUGGAGCUCGUCGACGACGACUACGACGCGCACUCGCCCGGCAACGACCGCUCCAUGAACUUCAUCGAGCGCAGCUUCUCCGAAACCGUGCUCAAGCCCAGCCUCGACGCCGGCGGGUUCCGAGAGCCCAGCCCCGUCGCCGACACCAAUAUCGAAGAAUCGACCGCUGACGAACUCAAAUCGCCCCAGCUGCUCAAAUCGAUCGAACAGGAAACCAGCGAGAAAUCAACCGACAGCCCCACGAAAAGCGAAACCACCACCAAAGUGGAAAAUGAAAGUAAAGAAGACACCGCAGUUACGCAAUUCAAAAUGGAGUCGCUCAGCAUAUCGGACUCCUCGCCGCCGCUCGACAACACGGAACCCAACAACGAGUCGAAGGAUCGAAACGUUCGAUCGGAAUCGACGGACGCCGCAUCCCCGCCUUUAGUACCUGAAACCCCGAAAACGAUUAGGUUAUUCUCGACGAAUUCGCCGAUCGCGUUCGCGCCGACGAUUCGGCUGUACUCGCCGGCGAUUUGUCGGUCGGCGAGCGAGACGUUCAACAGAUCGAAUUCUAGAAGCACGGACUCGCCCUCGCGGAGCAUCGAGCUGACCAUCAACAUGAGUUCGGGGUCGGCGUCGCCCGUGAGCCCGCCGGUGGACACGUCCAACAAGGUGCAGGAGUUGAAGCGCGAGCGUGAGGAGCAGACCGAGGUGGUGCGACGCCUGGUGCUGGAGCGGCUCGGCAGCGGUCCCAGGACGAGUAGAAAGUCGACGCGGAGGACCAGGGUGUCCCCCAUGUCGAACGUUCCACCGCCGGUGCCGCCGCCGCCGGCUUUACCCACGCCGCCGCCGCCGCCGCCGCCGCCGCGACCGGCGCCGCCGCUCAUGUCGCUCCCAGUCACCCCGUCCUUCUCAGACCCCGAACUAGCGAGAGAGAGGCGAAACAAAAGCAUCAUGAAGAGCAUAUCCAACUACCUGAACAGGCGGCUCGGACCUCGACAAAAGUGGGCCUCGGAUCCAGCAGUGUCGCGCCACGUAAGAGAAUCGUACCAUGUCGAGCCGCCGCCGCAACGGCUGCCCGCGCACAAGUCGACCGGAGCGCUCCAGGAGGCGCCGCCGGUCCCGCCGCCGCCGGCCGCCUACUGCCCGCCGGUAGAACGCCGGCACCAUCAUAGGAUGCCAGGGCCGAGCGCGGGUGACGUCGACGAGCGGGACGCGAUGCAGUUGUGGUUCGAGGCCCGCUGGGCGCGGCUGGUGGCCCAACGGCGAGCCCGCGAGGAGCCGCGCGACGAGCCCGCCGCCCGCCGCCUGGCCCGGCUUGAGAGGCGACUGACGCGCCCUCUGUCAGCUGAGCAGCAAGCAGCAACAGUGGCUGAGCUAGUGCAAGUGUCAGCGCAGCGAGAAGCGCACCAAGCGCUUAUGGCGGCUGACAGAAGACGCAGCGCCGCCGGCAAUGGCGUUGGCGACUAAAAAGUCUCUCUCAAACUACCCUCAAUUUUUCCCGCGACUCCAGUUCUUAUCUUCCAACUACAGGCGAUUGCUCCACCCACGGAGAAGCAACUGGUAACUAAAAAUAUUCGAAGGAAUCGUCAUGCUGUCGACAUAUAAACCAGGUGGUUUAAGAUGACCGAUUGGUGUGUUAAAAUGUUUAGUUCAGUCUAUACUUUUGUGUACGUGCAAAGGAAUAGUUACAAAUCUGCAAUGACAUCACACGCUUCUUCUAUCUUUGGGAGGUGAAGGUCAAACGAGUAUUUCCUUGGAAUUGGGUGAUUAGCUGUUAAUAUACAAUUUUCUCUGGAAACAUGAUAAAAAGAACGGAAAAAAUAUAGUGCUCAAAAUGUUCUCAUAUUCUAAUACCACACAAAUACGAUUCAUACUCAAGUAAUGGAGUUAAGAGUUUAGUUUUAUAAUACGGGCAAAAAAGUGCUACUGUAAGUACACCCUGUAUAUUUGCAACUGAUGACGUAGUUUUAAGGGAUGUUCGGUUUAAUUGUCACACGACCAUCUUUAGUCUGGGUUUUUAAGAGGCGUGCUGUCGCAGAAUUCAAUCAUUGGUAUUGUUUGUCAAAAUAGACGCGAUUAUGUGUAUAAUCAUUUGAUAUUUUUUAUUUAUUUUUUACUUUUAUACACAACUGAUCAAAAUUUAUAUUGUUUAUAAAUUUCAUUUAAUCAAUAAGGCUAAUAAACUUGAUAUAUUUCGUAUUUCAGUUUGUAGCAUGUCGAAUAAUUUUUCUAUACAUUGUCGAAAAAUUACUUUCGUACCUCAUUGUCCAGUGCAGUGCUCGCGCCUAGUAAGUAAAUUGAAAACAAGCUCUAUCGCCACAUGAUAAAGUUUGAUUUCCAUUGACAAAUGAUAGGUGUGGAAACUCGUGUUCACGUGUGACUUAUUCCUUUGCACGUAUGUUUAUUAGUUUGUAAGAAAAACGUUUUUAUUUAAAGCUUUAUACACUCAUAUAACUUGGAACGCGAUGCCAUUUUUUUUUAUAAUACUCGCAGACGACGUUGACGUUUGUUAUUCAAAGUUUAUUAAUAUCACUUACCUAAUAUAACUUUAUAACAAAAUGGUUCUAAAUAGAAAUAUCCUUGUUAGACAAGUAAUCAGCGUUAAUUUAACAUAUUUGUUAAAUCGUAUGAUUUAAUUCAAACGAGUACAAUUAAUUGACAAUGUUGAUCACAAAAUGUAUUUUCUUUUUUUUUUGACACAUUUACGACUCUAAUUAGAACCAACAAAUUCAGACCCCAUUAUGUAAUCAAAGCUUUACGUUAGAUUAGUUAAAUGUAAUUAAACUCAUUUAAUUUAUAAGUUGGUCAUCGCAGCGCUCGCGAGAGGGUGGACUCGGCGAUACAAAUGUCACAAAAUAAUAUUUAAAAAUCCCAAAAGGGUACGAACGGUGUGCUAGAUAUGCCAAAUGAGUUUACAUACUUUUAUUGUAUAGUUAUAUAUCUGCUGUAAAUGUAUAGAGUUAGGUAAAGUACUCGUUGUCUGAAUUCGCUAUCUAGCUUCGUGUUGAAGGCCAACAUGUAUAAAUUAUAUUUGUUUUUCUUUGUGUUUGUAUACAAGCCCCUCUUGUAUACCUGUCGUGGUCAGCUGGUGGACUUGACUGGCCGUAGAAAAUAUAUAUUAAGGUACUAAUUAUUUAAUUUGUGACAGCCCUUGGACACGGUAGGGUCUCAUAGACUGCUGAAUGUUGUAUUUAACUUAGUGACUCCUUGUUUAUUUACACAUUACUAUUGUUGAUUGGCAUAUUUAUAUUUAUCGUUUAUAUUAAAACUAUACUUUUUUGUAGCUUCUUUCAGCUGUUAGAGUUACUUAUAUUUAUUACGAGUGGACGUGCGUUUGUCGUGAUACUAAGCGAAAUACUUGAGGCUUCGGCCUUGUCCAGGAGGGCGAAUUCGCCGCUAAUGUCUUCGCGCGAACGCGAGCGUAAUGUAUGGCGCGAUUUACGCGCGAAUUUUCAACUCGCGCGUGUCUUGUGGACACAAUGUAUUGGCUGCUGGUAUCUCGCCAACGUGCGUAUGAUUCUACGCGCGAAGACAUUCGCGGCGAAUUCGCCCUUCUGGACAAGGGCUUACGAAUGAUUUUUUAAAUAAAAUUGACAUCUAUUUCUGUCAAAUCAGUUAUUGUUUAUUUGACAGUGAAAUAAUUUGAGAUCCUCGUAAGUCAUGACUUUAAACUUCCCCAAAAAUAAGUACGCAUGUUCAAGUUUGACACUCGGUGUAUACAUGUUUGUAACCACUGAGAGGUAGGCGCACUUCGGGCCUUUCACACAAGCAAUAUACUAUAUUGUAUGUUGUUUUAGACGUAAGAAUAUGGAAGUGUACAUUUUCAUAUAUUUUUGUAUGCAUAAGCGGUGUAGAGAACGUGAUUCCAUGUCGAUUUGAUGAUUAUCACCAUUUACUUUGUAGUAAGGAUGGGUCGUAAAUAUUUUUGAUAGUUUGAAAAGUAUAUUUUAUAUCUGAGAUUACAUAUUUCUUGAAACGAAAUGAAGUCGUUUAAUACAAAGAAAAAUAUUAAUUGUAAUCAUGUGUUUUGUUGUAGAUUACUGUGUUAUCGCAUGCAUUAUUUUUUUAUUAGUUGACUAGAGAAAAAAUUAACUAGGUAUACAAAAAUGAUGGAAUAUGGCAGCUAUAUUUUUAAAUAUAAAAAUGUCUUUCGUAUAUGCAUUUGCCAUUGAAGAGUACAUAGAUAAAACACAGAAAAAAGUUUAUAAACAUACACAGCCAAAUUUAAAGUAUGCUGAAUUGCAGACAUAAAAGAACUUAUUUUAUUAUACAUAAUUAAUAAUAAUAAUAUUUACCAUUCGAUGUUGUUCAGAUACAUGUUAUGUCGAUGUGUAUGAUGUAUAAUGGGUUGUGUAUGCAGAGGACAUUUUAUUCAUAAUCGUCAAAUCGACAUAUAAGAUAGAACAGAUCAGAUUUAAUGUGGUACGGAAGGAAUGCUGUAGCUGUUUCUUUUUCAAUAUUUGUCAUCAACUCUUUAGAAGCCAAAUGUAAGAAAAUUUACAAACUACUGGUUGGAAAUUUAUUCGUUCAAUGAGGGUUUUCGCGUAUGAAAGAUCCGCUAGAUGGCAGGACGUGGAUGUGGGGUCUGACUGCUGCGUGAUUGGUGGAUUUUGACAUAUCUGUCAAUGCCAUGUCAAAAAUAACCAAUCAUGCAGCAUUUGGACCUCGCGUCUACGUAUUGCCAUCUGGCGGAUUUUUCAUUCGCGAAAACCCUCAUUAGCUGUUUGAGUUUCUAUUGAACGCUUUUCUUGCUAAUAUGUAAUUUUUUUCUAAUAUUUACUUUAAUUGUACCUUGCAUUGUAUUGUAAUAUGGUACUUUUUGUAUGUUUUAUGUAUCAAAAUUAUGUUAACUUCUUGCGCAGGACUGGGGUGUUAAAUCGUGGCUACUGUAAACAUGUCUCGCUCGCUUCUUAUAGUGACGUGUGAGAGGAGCAUAGCACGAUUUUCCGUCUUACAUAAUAACAUGUAGCUUUAAUUACUUUUCUUGUUCAUCAAACAAUAAUUAGAAAGUGCCUACGAAAUCUAACCAAAAUCACUAAGCAUAUUUCAUAUUAUUAUAUGUAUAUUUGUUUACUAUUUACCAUUUAACUUCCUUUUUAUGGUGUGAUUUUACUGUUCACAAAACAUAAAACAAAAGUUUGAAACAGUUGAAUUACAAAAUUUAAAAGGAAAUUAAGUAUGAAAUAUUUAAUACCCUGUAAUAUUUUCUUUUAAAUUAAUAGCACACUUUUACACUAUGUAUUGUUUCUAGAUAUUGUACAGUUCAAGAUAUAUCAUACCAAAUGAGAUAAUUCAUCUGUUUUGGACAUUUUAUAGGUAAAUUUGGCGUAAAAGCACUUUUAUUCUUUGUUGACUAAAUCAUUAAAGAAAUAUAAUGUUAUUACAAUUACCGUUGAAUAACUAAACUUAAAGCAAUAUUCAUAUUACAAAUACAUAACAAUAUGUACAAUUUAAUUAUGCACAUAGCCAAUGUAGUGCCUAAACAGAGUAUGGCACGACACAAAGCCUUAACCGGAAACGAACGGCGAUCAAUACAAAUCCGUGCCUACUCAGCGUUGUAUGACAUUCUAUACAAUAUUCGUGUUACGAACUAUUAAAAAAAAGUAAUGAGGCAAUCAAAGCCUUAAUCAGAAAUCAAUUCAAAUUCGUGUCUGCUUACCUUUGUACACACGUACGCAUAGAAUGUCACACAAUGUUGCUAUAGUAAUUUACAACAACUGUUAGGAAUUGGGAUAGAAAAGGGAAAAAUGAUACCCAGGCUCAAGGAAGGGAAAGCGAUAUAAUAAUAAAAAGAUAAAAGGAAGAUACAGGAUACAGGGAUAGAAGAGAGAAAAAGUGACAUAUAGAAAAAUAUAAAAGUAUAAACCAUAAACGCUAUCAAAAGAGGCCGUUCGUAACAUCUCUCCCUCUCUCUCAACAAUGAUAGAUUAAGAAUAUCAUGAAAAAAGAGAGAGAGCGGGAGAGAUUGAUACGACCGGCCUUAAGGUGGGCUACCAAAAGAGUUAAAAGUUCAUUGAACUAUGUGACGUGACGUGGUGGUUCAAAAUGUGCUGGCUUCGGGUCAGGGGGUGGUGGAGUCUUGCAGUCAGGUGAACAGAUGAGGCGUCGUGCAGAAAGGAAGAGGCGUGACAACCGUAAAUAAAGCAGCGUCCAGCAGAGUUGAAGGAAGAGGCGCAGCAACCUUAGAUAAGGAACGGCCAGGAUGCACAGAGGUAGGCGCAUCCUCGGUGGCAGCUCCAGGUUGCAAAUCGGAGAUGUUACGAACGGCCUCUUUUGAUAGCGUUUAUGGUUUAUACUUUUAUAUUUUUCUAUAUGUCACUUUUUCUCUCUUCUAUCCCUGUAUCCUGUAUCUUCCUUUUAUCUUUUUAUUAUUAUAUCGCUUUCCCUUCCUUGAGCCUGGGUAUCAUUUUUCCCUUUUCUAUCCCAAUUCCUAACAACAACCCUGCCUAUAGAUUGUUUCAUCCACGAAGACACGCCCCACCAAUUUUUGGUCUCGGUCGCGCGGGGUGCGGGGAGUUUGAUCCGAGCAAUCCGAGCGUCAUUAUUGUAGUGUGCGUGAGCACUCAUGGAUAAUUUAGCGUGUACCGAUAACACUCAAACAUUAGCGGAAGAAUGGUGGGGCGCGUUUUCGUGGAUGAAACGAUCUAUACACUAAGUACUAUAGCAAUCGACGCCUUCACCAAUAACGUAUAUCAAUAUUUACAUUACAUAAUAGUGCCUACACAGUAUAGCGACGAGAGCCUUAAUCAGAAACGAAUAGCAAUAUCCACAAUUGAUAAUAUCGUUCCUAGAUAACAUUGUCACAUAACGCUUUAGUAUAGUCAAUAGUAAAGGUUCGGCCAAACCAACGCGAUCACACGCGAUCAGUCGGCGUGCAGCGAUGGCGAUCAAUGCAUUUAAGUCUGGUCGUCAUCGCUGCACGCUGGCUGAUCGCGUUGGUUUGGCCGAACCUUAAGUUAUUUUUGUAUCAGAAAAGAAUAUCUUAUCCUAUAGUAAUUUAACAGAUUGUUUACAUCAUUACCUUAUAACGACCGAAAUUAAGCUGGAUGUCAAGAAAAUAAGGCGGUAAAUGUUUCCCAUUUACCAAGUGCGUCUUAAGCUAUUGAAGUUAUCUAUAUUGAAAAAUCGUACAGUUUCCAGGCCAAACACAUUUUCAUUAAUAUGCUACGCUUAGCUCUAAAAAACUUAAAAACAUUCAUUAAGUUAUUAUCAAACCAAUUUUAUUUAUUAUAAUACUAUUACUUCUGGUAGUAAAAUAAAUAGAGAAUUUUAAUUACCAUCUUAAACAGUUGGGUUUGAUAAUAUUAAAUGGAGCAUACUUUUAAUAGUUACAAAAUGCAUUUCCUUUUAAAGAGAGGUCAUUCGCACUAGCUUGAAUAAUCUCGAAAUUGCAUGUAAACAUUCUGUUGACAUUCGAAACCAUAUUCGCGAAAUAUUGUUAUAUCGUAGACUUCUUGCAACUAUUAUUGCUCUGUUAUGUUCAUACAACCUGUUAAAGUUUGAUAAAUGUUUUCUGUUGAUCACAGCGCCGCCUGCUUGUCUGACCGCGGUGAAUGACCUUUUUUCGCCAUUUUGAUGACAGUACUAGGAUCGAUCCCAGUUUCUUAGCCGGUCAGAUAAACUGGUAGCUUUGUGUGUGUGUUACAUUUUACACCUUCAUUGUUACACUAUACGUAUGUAUGGUUACAACAGUACACGUGUCUAUCCUUGUAUUAUUUUAAGGACAACAAGUUAUUUCGAUUUGUCACAUGUAUUUAUUUGUACACUGUAUUUGGUAUAGUAUAGUAUUUUGUAUCAGUUUAGCAAAAUUUAUAAAUAUUUAAGCCUCUUAGUUAUUUUUACGUUAAUUUUGUUAUAUAAAUCAAGAAACACAUUUUUGUGAUUUAUAGACUUUAUUUUUAGUUAUUAUUGAACUCACUGCUUCCCGUGGUAACACUAGGUUAAUUAAGCAGAACAUCGUUAUUAAAACCAUUAAGGUUACGUUUCUUGUCUUAGAUUAUAAUGUUUGAGAUUAUACCCAAUGCAAGGUUCUACACAAAGCAAUGUACCUCCUUUUGUACGCGUAGAUAAUUUGAGAACUAAUUAAACAAUAAUAUAUUUUA